CUCCCUCCCUCCCCCGGCGUCGUUGGAGCUGCUCGCCUGCCUGCAAUCCAACAUGGAGAAGACAGAGAUGGGGCUCUAGCGGGGCCACCCCACGGAAACAGCGAGCGACCCGACGCGCUUUUUACGCACGACUGGAACCGGAGUCGUCUUUGGCGUCGGCGGAGGACCAUGCGCCUGUAGGACUUUAAACCCGAGUGUGUGUGAGAGAGAGAAAGAGAGAGAGAGCGCGAGCGAGUGAGUGAGUGUGUGUGUGUCCGUGUGCGUGUUUGUGGAGGGUAGGGAAGGGAGAGGAGGGGGGGUGAGAGAAGAGAAGAGCUGGAUUCGGCUGCUCGAUCGUCUUGUGGAAGCUACGUUUAGCCACACCGGAGGCGAUGGACUGUUAAAGUCAGAAGGCGAGGCUUGAAGGAGUAAAAAACGUUCGCUAUCCAGGAAGAAUAAACGGAGUCUUUCUAAAGGACAAGGGACAGAGAGGACGAGGAAGAAGACGGGUGCAACAGUGAAGGGGAAAGGAGGCAGAGCCAGACGAAGGCAAAGCCACAGAGACACAGAGCCGACACAGACGCACAAAAGGCGCAGAGGGGGUAUUUUUAUGCGGAAUCGGAGACGAAGUCGCGGCGGCGAAAGAAUGACGAGCGAAAAGAAGAAUGCAACCGCCGUGGUACAUUACCUGAGGUGAAACGAGAAAAUGAUAGAAGAAACACACCCAAACGAUGACAGCUACAUCGUGCGUGUGAAAGCGGUGGUGAUGACACGGGACGACUCCAGUGGCGGCUGGUUGGCCCAGGAUGGCGGCGCUCUGACCAGGGUCGGAGUGUGUCGCCUCCUGCCGCCAGAGUUGGCGCCCGUGCCAGCCUCUGGCAGUUCCCAGUUCCUCAUCCGCGGUGAACGGCUCCGGGACAAACAGGUGAUCCUGGACUGUCCACUGAGGAAGGACCUGGUCUACACCAUAGCCACUCCCACCUUUCAUCACUGGAAAGUGGAAGACCGGAGGUGCGGCCUGUCCUUCCAGAGUCCAGCGGACGCCAGAGCCUUUGACCGGGGCGUGCGGAAAGCUAUCGAGGAUCUGGCUGAAGGCUCCACCACCUCGUCUACGGCGCUCCAGAACGAGAGUGAGCUGGGCGACGACGACGUCUUCACUAACAACACGGACAGUUCGUCCAACUCCUCCCAGAAACUGGAGAACUCCCUGCAGCUGCCACUGGAGUCCUCGCCCCUUCCGCUGAGACACAAGUGUAUGAUGGGACAUCGGCAUGACCCCCUCUCAGACCACUACUUCUUGGACCAGCCGUUGACCCGGAUCACCCGCCACGUCACUUUCCAGGAGGACGAGGAGAUCGUCCGCAUCAACCCUCGAGAAAGAAGCUGGGAGCAAACCACGGAGCAUCACCUCGGGCGCCACUCGGACCGACCCUGGCUGAACCGGGGCUACGAGGAUUACCGCCACGCCACCAUGCGGGACAAGUUCAUCCAGAUGGAAGACUCCGAGUCCUACGUCCACUUUGCUAAGACUGACUCACAGAAACACGACUACACCUACCCCCUGGCCCCCGCCCUGUCCCCUUCAGACUCUGACCCCGCCCUGGGACCCUUGACCAAUAAGGGCCACGGCGGUAACUAUCGCCACGGCCUCUCCUCGGUCAUCUCCUCGCAGCCUCGCUCCUUCAUCCCCAGCUCCUCACCAUCCGCCAAUGGUGCGAAAGGACGAAAAGAGGAGGGGCUUGAGCGUGCGCAGUGCGAGCACUGCGGCGAGGCCUUCACCGUCUCCAACAACCGGAGAGGCCGCUGCCAAGACGCGCCGGACCCUGUGCGCGUGUGCAUCCAGCGGGUCAGCUGCAUGUGGCUGGCAGACACGAUGCUGUACCACUGCAUGUCCGACCCGGAGGGCGACUACUCCGACCCCUGCUCCUGCGACGGCAGCGAGGGCAGCGGCGGCGGGCGGCUGGGCACGCGAUGGCUGGCUCUGCUCGGCCUGUCGGUGGUGGCGCCGUGCCUUUGCCUGUAUCCCCCUCUGCACGCCUGCCACCGGGUGGGGCUGGCGUGCGGCUGCUGCGGGGGCCGACACAAGGCCCUGAGCUGAGCCGCCGUCUCCGUGAUGAAGAAUUAAAAAAAAAAAAAACCUGAAAACCCAACGCAAGCACAGGGAAAGGGAAGGACGGGGGAAAUGCACAAAAGAAGAAGACGGGCGGCCGGCGGCGUUCGUUUGUUCGUUCGCCCGCUCGCUCGCUCUCUUGGUUUCUCUGCAACUUCCAGACACUGAAAUAAGCCAAAUAAACACAAACUGUGGGUGCAUUUUCUGAACGGCCUGGGAAGAUAAGCUCCCCCCGACGUCGGACACUUCUCUCACUUCUUCUUUUUCUUCUUCGUCUUCUUCUUUUCUUCUUCUUCUUCUUCUUUUCUUCUUCUUCUUCUUCUCCUUCUUCAUGUGGCCAUCGUUCAUGAUGCUCUGUUUCUACAGUGAGAGGAAAAGCUCUUUCCUUCAGGGGGCCUUUUUUAUAGCUGAUCUUUAUGUCAUGUAUCACAUAUGCAGGUACUUUAUACUUUGUACACUGACUCGGCGUCAAAGAACUUGAAUUUGUUGUUUAUUUUCUCUCUCUCUUUUUUUUUUUAAAUGUAUCGCGUGGCCAUUUUUUUUGUGUUUAUAUUCGUAUCCCAGUAUCAGACACCGCUACAGCUGUGUGUGUGUGUGUGCGUGUGUGAAGGUGUGUGUGUGGGUGUGUGUGUGUCCCGCAGCUCACAGUCCCAGCUCCUGUAUAUAGUCCACAUGGCUCUGCUACAUCGACGUCGACUCUGUUUACUGAAACAAACGUGGUACUCACUUUAUUGUUUUUUUUUUUGUUUCCUUUGAUUUUAUCCUUUCAUCUUCUAGAACCCCAAAGAUUCAUUUAUGUCCUAUUUAUUUUCUCACUGAAAUUAAUCCACCAGCAAACGAGACUUAAAGGUGCUUGUGUGUGUCCCUGUGUGUGUCUAUGUAUGUGUGUGUGUGACAUUUUCUCCAUCUGAAGUGAUGACGGUGCCUGGAGUCACGCCACAUUAGCUCCGCCCCCCCUGCUCCAGUCGUCCAUAUUUUUUCAAACAGUGCCUAAAGUUCCACCUUCUCCAGGAACUCCUGGAUCCAACGGUCAAAUCCCCGUCUUUAAAAAAACCUGCUCUGUAGAUGUGAAGGCUCUGGAUUUCCCUCCUCAACGAUUUGUCACCUUUUAUGCCUUAAUAAGAUUUCGGAGCCCGUCUCUGAAGAUGUCUGCUGGAGUCCAGCGUGUGGGUCAAAGGUGCGAGCCAAUCACGUCUGUGUAGAAACCUGGCUUCAAUUAUUUUUGUAAUUAAACAAAGAAAAAAAUCUCUCUGAACAUUUUUCUCAUCCUGGUUUUGUGUCGACUCCAGUUUGCCUGCGACGUACAAUCACUUCCCUUCUUUUUGAGCUGGGGUCAGAGGUCACAGAUGUGGCACCAAAGUCCUGAUUGAAUCAGCUGAGAAACGUGUUGGAACCCCAGACCACCCCCCCCCCCCC